AUGUUAUGUGGAAAUAAAACUGAUCAAUGUCCAAAUUGCAGUAAAUUUAUUCGAAGAGCUAUUUUCGCCUAUCACUAUGAAAACAACUGUGCUAACUUGGAAGAGACAGACACUCCUAUUAUUCAAUCUAGAAAUUCAUCAGCGCAUCAUCGUUCUUCAAAAUCUAAUAGACCAGUGUCACGACAGAAUGAAGUCAAUGAUCACGACCAAGAAAAUGAUAGUGGCUAUAUUUCUCCGAAUAGUCGACCAAAACUAUUCGAUGAAAUUUCAUCAUUAGCUUCAAACAAGAUUACUUUUUUUCCUUCUUUCUUUGAAGGAAGUUCACCAGAUACGAAUACACAUAAAUCUUCUAAUAACCAAUGUUUACCCAAUGAUGAUAAAAUUCAUCAGAAAAAUCGUCUUGAAAAUCCAAGCAAAACGAAUGAACAAUCAGAACGAAUAUCCCAAACAUCGAAUACAGCUGAAUCUCGUUCGUCGGAAAACAGACGUCGUAAGUCCCAAGAUAUUGUUCAUAUUCCCUGUGAAAUUUGCAAUAAACAGAUCGAUUUACGUUAUUGGUCGACUCACACUCAAAACUGUCGAGAACAAGAAAUUCGUCGAGUAGAAGCUCUUGCUGAAACAAUAAAUAGAAAACCUUUCACUGAAAAACUUCCAUGUGAAUAUUGUGAAGAAUUAUUUUCAGUAGAGCAACUUCAAACUCAUGAAAUAAUUUGUCGCAAGAAUCCUGAUCAUAUAACCCGAGCAGCUGAAGUUAUUAAUCCACAACCAUUAUCAACAGUUGCUCUUACAAACAGAUCAUCAAAAACUGACAGAGAUCCAAUGUUAUUAUCAGGUAAGUUGAAAAGUAUUACAGUAUCUCACUGUACAGAAGUAAAACGUACAUUUGAUUAA